AUGUCCGAUUCCACACCACAACACCAAGACCAGUUACCAGCUCACCUAAAUCCCAAGAACUACCCCCAAACCCGCACCCACCCCUCCCUUAACAUCCAUCUCACCCUAACCUACACCCCCCUAAAUCCCCAAACCCACAUAAAUACCAUAUCCUCCCCCUCGGCCGGCGCAAAUCUCCUCUUCCUCGGCACAACCCGCGACACCUUCGACAACCGCCCCGUCACAACCCUCAGCUACACGACCUACCCGAUUCUCGCUUUCAAAACGCUCAUGGAUAUUGCGGAGAAUGCGGUUAAAGAGCAUGGGUUGUUGGGGGUUAGUAUUGCGCAUCGGCUGGGUGAGGUGCCGGUUGGUGAGUGUUCGAUUGUGGUUGGUGUUAGUGCGGGGCAUCGGGGGGGUGCAUUUCGGGGUGGGGAGGAGGUGCUGGAACAGUGUAAGGAGAGGGUGGAGGUUUGGAAAAGGGAAGUUUUCGGGGAUGGGGGGAGUGAGUGGAGAGCGAAUGGGGAGAGGGAUCGAGAUGGUAAUUUGAGAUGA